AGCUUCAGAUUUUUUUUUUUUUUUGUGUAUGCGCUUGUUUAUUUCGGCUUUGGAUUUUGAAGAGCGAACAUCGCGUGCGCAGUUUUUGGGGAAAAUGUUCAUCAAAAGCGUAUUGUUAGCGACUUGUUUGGUGGUGAUCGUAUUUGCAAAUGAUGUUCCAUUAAACAAAGGAAAUGUUGCAUCCCAUUUGAGCCGCAUUCAGAGGAGCCCUCAGCAGCCAAAUGUCGGCGAAUUUCCAAAUUUUGUUCCUCCAUCAUUUGAUAAUUCACAAAUCGUGUCACAGCAAACCGAUAGGAAUAAGAAUGGUUAUGCACAAACUACAAUUUACAGAGGCGAAAAUGGCUACGGGGCUUCAUCGGUUUCCGUUUCAAAAUCGGGAGCCACAAGUGCUGCGAUGUCGUUUAGAUUUUUACUAAUAUUGGCGAUACUACCCAUAAUCAAUAUCCUUCGAAAAUAAGACGGAUCUUAUUUUAAGACAUAUUUAUUACCAAAUGUUUUUUUUUUUAUCUUAGAAUAACAAUAAAAUGAAAAAAAAACGGAAUAAACAUUACUUACAGCGAUGAACAUCGUCACAUAACGCCAUCAAGGUCAAACCGAAGGGCCGGUGGCUGAAUUCACCACGCACUAAACGUUACACAAGUAUUCGCGGUUCGGUGGUUUCACACGGCUCGUCUGUGUGUGAAUUCAUCAGCCUCAUUCAACGGUGGCUCGGUUCAAAACGAUACAAUAUUAGGGCUGAUAUGCUAAUUUAUGUACAAACUGAUGAUAAUAGACACAUCCGUAUGUUUCUGAUUCAGUCUUCCAGUGAAUUUUUCGUUUUGUACGAUUUUACGAAUUUGUUAUCCAACCAUCAAUCUCGUAAGGCUAUAAAAAAACAUUGAACACACCCAUGCAUAUACUUUCGCGAAAUUCGCGCAGUCCAAUAAGAGACAGUAUAAAUGGAAACUCAUCUUUUCAAAAAUUUAAAAGCAGUUUCUUACAGUUCAAUAUACUCGAAAUAACUGGCCAAA